AUGCUAAUGCUAAAGAUAAUUUUGCUGAGCGCUGUGCUCGGCAUUGCGUACGCGGGAGUCAUUGGGCCCGGCCCCUACUAUGGCGGACCAGCAGGACCCGGCCCACUGCAUCAUUAUGGAGGUUAUGCACCGCAUCAUGCCGCCCUACCAGCACCCUAUGCUGCGCCUGCGCCCAAGCCCGCUGCUCCGGAACCCUACGAUGCUGAUCCCAAAUAUUCCUUUGGCUAUGACAUACAGGAUGGCUACACCGGCGAUCUGAAGAGCCAGCACGAGACCCGCCACGGUGACGUGGUCAAGGGCAGCUACUCUGUGGUCGAUCCCGAUGGCACCAAACGCACCGUGGACUAUACCGCCGACCCGCAUCAUGGCUUCAAUGCGGUGGUGCGCAAGGAGCCGCUAGCCUAUAAGCCGAUUCCAGCGCCUGCGCCUCGUCCACAGCCAGCUCAUGCUCUUUCGCUGCAUGUCCCUGGCCCAGGACCAGCGCCAGCCCCAGCACCGCCCUUACCUCCAGUGCCAAAGGCGCCGGCACCAGUGCUAUCAUAUCCUUUGGCCUUGACCGCCUACCAUCGCAGUGCGCCUGCGCCACCCGCACCCCCAGCCCACGUGCCUGUGCCCGUUGCUGCUCCACUGCCCUCGGCGCACUUCCAUGCCGCCUACCCAGCUCUAGCCCACAGCCCCUAUGCACAUUAUUCCGCCGCCUUGCCCGGGCCCGCUGCUGACCCCCAUGCCCAUUACUAUCAUCAUCCGCACCACUGA